GCACCGGCCACACGGACGUACCGACGACCAAAAGGGGGAACCUCGAUCGCAACGUGUGCGUACCCCGUGAACGGCAAGACCGGACAAGAAAAAAUCAAAUUGUAAACAAAAACAAAUAAAGCGUCGCGUCUCCGGCCGGGGGAGCUUUUGUGUCGUGCGUAACCGACGUCGGGUCCGGCCUCAGGGAACGGGAUGCGAGGGGCGCCGACCUGAUCAGAUCCGGGUGGUUCCACGGACGCGAUGACCGUUAUCGUCGGCGGUGGCACAGUGUCGAUUUGUACAUGCCGCUUAAUUAGAACGCCAUGGCCGAUUCCAGUUUGGAAACCCAGAUCGAUUGUUUUUUGGAACAGUUUAAGCGUAGCGCCUCCAAGGCGAUGGAGGAGAGGCAGAACGUUUGCCGAUCGAGGAGCUCAUAUUUGGAAAAUGAUUCGCCAGAGGAACCUAUUUCGACUACAUGUGAAGAAAUAGAAAUGCAGAAUACUGUCACCUUGGAACCUUUAGGGGUGAACGAUGUGACCGACCUGUUACAACACCAAUACGCAGUCAUUUCCGGAGGAAAAUCAAAAGAUGGCUGUCCAAUCAUCACUUUCCCCGACAACAACAAUUUCCAAAUGUUGUCUGAUCAAGAAUAUCAAAAACUAAUGUUGUAUUUAACGUCUGUUCCUUCGUUGCAGGAGGCAGACCUGGGCUUCCAUUUAAUCAUAGACCGGAGAAAGGACAGGUGGAACUCGGUCAAAACCGUAUUACUUAAGAUAUCUGUAUAUUUCCCUGGUUUAAUCCAUGUUGUUUACGUGAUCAGACCGACCAGCUUCUUUCACAAAACCCUCUCAGAAGUCAGCAAUAAGUUGUCCAAAGACGAGUUCAAAUUUCGCAUGGUGGUGCUGAGCAGCGCCGAAGAACUUCACGAGUACGUGAACAUAACUCAACUCACCUCCGAUCUGGGGGGCACGUUACCCUACAACCACGACGACUGGAUACAGCAGAGGAUCGAACUGGAGAAGUUCUCCACCGUUACUCACGACGUGUCGAAUGCUCUGGACAAUUUCACUAAGACCAUAGAAGAAACGGAACUGCCCAACAACGUCGAUUCGACGCAGCAACUGCUCAACCGACAAACCCAAUGCUAUUCCGAUUUAAAGGACGAGAUACUGGCGGCCGCCAAACACGGCGAGAACUUGCUGUGCAGCAUCAAGCAAAAAACUUAUUCGGAAUACGCUGACAAUGAGAUUCCCCACACCGAUAUGGUCGGCAACGUGUUCGCCGUUGAAAGGCUUCUGGUACAGCUGGAGGAAACGGAGAAGACGUUCGACGAGUUCUGGCAGCAGCACUCGACGAAUUUGAGACAUUGUCUGGAACUUCGGAGGUUCGAACAGGACUUCAGGGAGUUGCAAAGCAACUUCGACGGACAUUUCAAAACGGUGUCGGAAAUGACGGAAAUAGGGGAAACAGCGAGUCGUGUCGACACUUUGAUUAAAGAAACUGUGGCCUUCGAGAAGUUGUGCUUGGUGGAUAUUGAAAGGGCGGAGGAGGUCAUUUCGUCGGGCCAGCAUCUGAUUACUAUCAAGAACUCCUGCCCGUUGGAGUGUGUACAGCCGAAAUGCGCCGAGCUGAAAAGGAUGAAGGAUAUUUUAAUCGAGAAACUGACCAAGAGGAUGGAGGAUCUGAAUAAGUGCAGGGAGUUGAUGGAGAGAAUGGAAAAGGCUAAUAAGUGGUGCAGCGUCGGCAUUGAUGUGCUCGCCUCCCAGAAAAUCGAGAAAUGUUCAACGUCCACGGAACUGGCCGAGUCAUACUUGCAGGAGAUCCAGGACUUCAUCGCGACAGCCAAGGAAUUCACCACCAAUAAUCCCAGAGACCUGAAGCACAUAUUCCAGGACUCGAUUACGGCGGAGACGAAGGCCCUGGUGACACAGGUGAUUCAAAGGAUCGACGAUGUGUCUUUGAUGUGCGAGAACCGGAUCGCUUGUCUGAACAAAAUAUUGACGAAGCCGCUGCGACCGAUCCAUUCGGUGAGCUCGGAGCCGGGCGUACCCAGGCAACCUCAGGGUGGUGCUCCGCAGCCAAACAGGGCCGAACUGCGGCGGGCCUACACCAUACCAAAGAUGGAUUCGUCAAUAAACCAUGACCACAGCUCACAAAUAUCCAAUUUAUCUCCAGAAACUGAUGAGGUUAACAGAAUCAAAACUGGACAUGUACUGACUGAGUUAUUAGAGACUGAAAGAUUAUAUGUAUCUGAGUUAUUAUCUAUUAUUACAGGUUAUAAGUUGGAGUCACAAACUGAAGACAUGCAGCGACUGUUGCCAGCCAACUCCCAAGACAAAUUCAACAUUAUAUUUGGAAAUUUGGAAGAAAUUUACAGUUUCCACUCCGAAGUGUUCCUAAAAGAUUUAGAAAAUUGCAUUACCUCAACAGAUCUUGUUGCUUUGUGUUUUGUGCAGAAGCGUGAUAAGUUUUUUAGAUUAUAUAGUUACUACUGUCAAAACAUUUCAAGAUCGGAACAACUGCGCGAGAACGCCUUGGAGCUGCAUGCUUAUUUUCAGGCGUGCCAACAAAAACUAGGUCACAAAUUGCCUUUAGCAGCGUACUUGCUCAAACCAGUUCAGCGAAUAACCAAGUAUCAGUUGUUGUUGAAAGACUUGCUGCGAUAUUCGGACGAAACUAAGUGCUGUAAGCAGCUACAACAGGCCUUGGACUGCAUGUUGAUCGUGCUCAAGUGCCUCAACGACAGCAUGCACCAAAUUUCGAUAACCGGCUUCCCAAUAGGUCUUGGUGAUCAGGGUGAUUUGUUGUUGCAAGGUUCUUUUCAAGUUAUGGUCGACAAUAAAACAGACCUCAAGAUACGCCUCUCCAAAACCCUCAACAGACAUUUGUUCCUAUACGAAAAAGUAUUACUGUUCUGCAAACCGGUCGCCAAGACUGUUCACAACAAAACCACCUACGAAUACAAGUCUUACUUGAGAAUGUCGGAAAUUGGCCUCACUGAGUCGGUCAAGAACGACACCAAGAAGUUCGAGAUCUGGUUGAAGGGUAGGUUGGUGGUUUACACAAUAACGGCGGCCACAGUUGAACAAAAACAGGCCUGGGUUAACGAGAUUAAGGGCGUGCUUUUCAAUCAGUUGGAGGAGCUCAAGGACGAAAAGACCAGACAAUAUUCCCAAACUCACACACCACUAAGACAGACGACGUCUUGGGAAAAGCAAAAGAGCAUCGGCUCUAACCCGUCAAUAAUAGAUAAUAAUCAAAGGGCAAUGAGUUGUGAUUCUGAGUCCCAUCACACGUUGGAGGAUGAGGAGAUCGAGGAGAACAACUGGUCAUCCGACUGCACGAAUAGCGAUGACGAUGAUCAUACUAAUACGGCAAUACCCAGUGGACGUUAUGUAGCUUUAGCUGAUUAUUGUGCAGUCGGAAACAGUGAGGUGAAUAUGCGUGAAGGUGAAAUUGUUGAACUGCUGAAAGUUGGCUGUGCUGGUUGGUGGUUUGUUAAAGUUAUAGGAAGUUCGGUCGAAGGAUGGGCCCCCGCGGCAUACCUAGACAACUUGCAUCGUAAGAGUUCUCGUAGUAGUAGUAGAAGUCAAGAUCGUCUGAACGAUUAAAUAACUAUCUGGCCAAUCAGACUUAUUGUUAGCUAUUUCCUAUGAUGUUUCGAAGUUUAGGGUGCGACUAAAGUGCUAUGUAAUUUAUUCCUCUACAUACUAUUUAAGGCAAAAUUAAUAAGAAAUCGACAGUUUUAUUGGAAAAAAUAAUAAGUGAUUUUCUUAUUUAUUUUGGGACUCGUUAUUUAAUUAUUUAUUUAUUUCGUGCAGAGUUUAUCAAUGUUUUUGUUUUAGCUAUAUGUAUAACUCUGUUUUUGUGAUUUCGUAUUAAAUUUUAGGACAAAAAAAUUACAUAUCCUAUAUUCUUUAUUUAAAAGAUACAUUGACCAAAGUUACAAUUAAGUUCCGUUCAUUCAUACUGUUUUCUAUGUAAUUUCGUUUUGUGAACAGGGUGGUGCAAUUCAGUUUCAAAGCAAUACAAUAAAUAUUUAAGCAGUGUCUUCGAGUUCUGAUGAAACAUCGCAUUCAACUACUAAUUUAUUUAUUUAUAAAUAACUGUUUUAUUUAUCCGUAGCUGCAAAUUAGUUUAGAUAGUUUUUAAGUUAAUCGUGUGUUUGCUCAGAACUCAGAACAUAAAAAUAAUUUUAUGCGACUUGACCCAACAAACCAAGAACUGACAUUAUAAAAUCUGCUUCUGAUCUUGUUUUUCAAAGAUUUGUUCGUCGUGUUGGUUGUUCAGUUGAAAUUAUAUUUUGAAAAUAUAAACAAAUAAAAUUAUUUGUGCCUUUGUAAGCGCGUUAAUUUAGUACAAACUUUAUUUUUGAUGCUUACUGUAUUCCAAAUUAGAGGUGGAGAACUAUUGAUAAUAUAGACUGCGUUAUUUUUAAUGCAGACACAGUUUAAAAGGGAACCUCAAAGUUCCUUUACUCUUUCUUAGCUUCUACAAAUAUCGAUGGUUCUCCACCUCUCUUCCAGAUGGUAUUUUUGUUUGUUUUUUAAAUAAAAUAGUGAUUAAGUACCGACUUGUAUUGUUUAUUAAAUGACAAUAUGCCAAGUAGUUUAUUAAAUUAUUAGAUUUAUGGUGUAUUUGUCACAUCCAUUUUUCAUAGUAAUUAUUACUUUACCAUUAUUGCAUACUCCAAUCAUAUUGUUAAUCAUACGGUAUUGAAUAUGGGAAUUUAUGUUUUUAGAUAUUAACCGUUUUAUAAGCUCAAAUAUCUGGUACUGUAAUAAUUAUAUUUAAUCAUAAUAAGAUAGAAUUGUCAAUAUAUUAUUUAUUAUAAAA